AUGUAUGGUUGGUUGGUUGGUUGGUUGGUAGGUAGGGAUAGACAUGGUAAUACUGUCAACAACAACAACAACAACAACAACAACAACAACAACAACAACAACAAAACAGAAUUAUGCAAUCAUUUGAUAAAGAUUGUUGUUGUUCCAUCAAAAUUACUUGGUUCUUCUUACCUUUAUACAAAAACUAUCAGUACUUACUUUAUACGAUAA